UACAGUAGCAUAUCGCAGUCUGUUGCGUUUUCCCCAAGGGAGUAGCACUACCCGUAACAGUAGCCAUUCUCCCCAACCCCACAGUCUCAGCGGUGUGAUGGAUAAAGCCUCCCCGACCACAGACAAUCUCUGCCCGGAUCAAUGUCUCUGUGUCCCUGCAGACACCAUCUGGGAGAUGCCAUGAGCUAUCAGGUGGGUUAUUUCUCACGUCUUCGCCGUCUCAGUACAGGUGAGAGUGUGGAAACAAGGGAUAACGGAAAAGAAGGAUAACAUGAGAGUUCGGUUAUAGCGCGAAUUGACUACAAGCUGCUGGAGCGAACGGUGGAAACGAUUUGUGCUAUCGUACGGUGUAAUACAGUAGGCUAGUUAGUGCACUAUUGACCAUCUCACCAUCACACCGACAGUGUCCUAGGGAAUAACCCAACCACAGGUUUGGGAAAUACCAGGAUACGGGCUUAUCUGACAGGGGGCUGUGCAGUGUCAUCCACUCCUGACCUACAGGAUGCCAUCCCCCUAGUGCUGAUUUACACAGGAGAUCCAACCAGAAGAGGUUUUGAGGCUGCCACCCCCAAGACCUCACAGGACCCCGCCCCCUUCUCUGGCCCCUCCCCCUCUCCACCUCUACCUGUCUCCUGAUGUAUAGAACCCAUUGCUGAACGGUUUGAUGGAGAGUUAUAACCAGUUUAAUGUCAGCAGGAACAGUAGUAAUAAGCGGAGGACUUCUCGCCACAGUCAUCCUGCUCUGUAUUGUAGCAGUGCUGUGCUACUGCAGGCUCCAGUACUACUGCUGUAAGAAAAAUGAGUCGGAAGUGGACUUGGCCUCCGUGGCUGGAGGAGAUGGAGGAGGGGAGACUCAAGGGGAGGUUCAGGCUCACUUUGCCUGCAAUGCGUGCAGCACCCCUGGGAUGGACACCCUGGCUGUCACCCCUCUCUGCCUGGAGCCCCUGGAGGUGGGCCCUCCCCCCAGCUACUGCCCCACCUGCUCCCCCUUCUGGCUACGCCCGGGACUUAGUGACGAGCUGCACAACGGAACAGAGCGGCUGGGAUUCCAUACGUAUCACUAUGACAACCCCGGAGUGUGUCAAUCACUGCCCCUGUCAGACACGCCGCAGGCCCCCUUCUUUUUGACCCAGCCCGGCCAAUCCCCUUUGAGCUACUAUAGCCCCGUUGACACCUACCCUAACACACCCUGCACUAACAGACGCCCCUACAGCACACCGGUUUGACACACACACACUGACGUCACACACACACUCAUACAAACACACUCCUUCUCCCAGGGGAAAGAGUACCACGCAUCCAGGGGAGAGAGCCACACACUGAACCCACAGACAGAGCCUCCUGAUCGGGACAGAACCACAGACGGACCCUUGUCUGGUGCAGCGGUGUGGAAGUCUGUAGGCCAUCUGGUAACCCUACAGUGGAGGAGAUGUUGGUUUUAACUAUGGGAGAUUACUACAGAUGAUGUGAGAAGGUAGACUGGAACAGCAACACUGUUGUUUCUCUCUCUCUUUCUCUUUCUCAAUGUCUUUCUCUCCCUCCUUUUCCAUAUUGUUCUCUCCAUCUCUCUCCUCUGCCUGAAACCUGAUAAUGUGAAAGAGGUGACUGACAUGAGGGCUAUAUGUGUUUUCAUUGUAGGUUUGGUUUACGUCUGGAAUGUCUAAUUACAGUACCGGUACAUUCAACGACUAAAGCGCAAAGAUGUCUUUUUUAAAGGAGCAGUAUGAGUUUAAAGGAGCAGUAUUUCCCUUGUUUGCCCCCUUUGACCCUUAGGAAAAAAAACACAUCAUAUUGGAAGUUUCACAUUUGAUUUUUUCAUGUUUUUUUUUGUAAGGGUAUGCAUUAUGUAUCAUCCUGGCUACAACAAUACAAAAACACACUAACAUUUUCGUCAACGAGGGCAUCUGUUUGUCCAAUUCAAUCAUGUUUCACUUAGCGCUUACACUUCAGUCCUUCAAAACAAAAAACAGAGUUACUGUACACUUACUAAAAGUUGUUAAUUAUGACACUGUUGAUAAUAUAGACUAGUAUUGAUAAAAGAGAUGUUUUACUGUUUUCACACAAUGCACUUUCCCCUUUUCUCAUAGGUUUUGUCCCAAAUGGCACUGUAUUCCCUAUAUAGUGCACUACUUUUGACCAGGGCCCAUAUGGGUCUGGUCACAAUAGUGCACUAUCUAGGGAAUAGGGUGCCAUUUGGGUCAAGCCGUAGUCUUCACAUCUUAGUCUUCCUCACUUCUCGUCCUUUUGUGAUUCUUUGUUAGAGAGUUUAUGGGGAAAUGGACAUCUAUCUGUUCAUGUGUUGAUUUACUGUAAAAGACCACUCAAAGUUUGUGUUCACUGCUAUGUAGUCAGAUAUUCACACAAAGACACUGCUGCCUGUAGUCUGGCAAUGAAGAUAACUUUAAUAUUAAAUCACAAAUUCUAUAAUAUACAGUCCCAGUCAAAAGUUUGGACAUA